UUUAAUAGUAACACUUAUUAUUGUUACCAAAAAAAUAGUAACACUUUAAUUUAAUUUAACCACCUUCCCCCAAACAUAACAACCAAAAACAAAAAGAGAAAAAAUAAAACAUUACCUCACUCAAUACACAUAGCUGUUCUUUAACUUUUUCUUAUUCUCUUAUUCUAAAAAAAGAAACAAAACAGCAAUAAUAUUAACAAAAAGUAGAAUCAACACACAUUUCUCUGUUACUUCCUUCUUCUUCAGGUCACUGUUUUUGCUUUACCAAGUUGAAAGAUAAGGUUUACUAUUCAUUAUUCAACUUCAAGUUCAUAAUGUGGAAGGUUCCAUCAUCAUUGGUUCUUCUGCUACUUCUUCAGCUAGCAUGUUCUCUUAUUUGUUCUGUUAUAGCUUCCGUGUCUUAUGACUCUAAAGCUAUCACCAUUAAUGGACAAAGUAGGAUCCUCAUUUCUGGAUCCAUUCAUUAUCCAAGAAGCACUCCCGAGAUGUGGCCAGAUCUUAUACAGAAAGCUAAGGAAGGUGGUUUGGAUGUGAUUCAGACUUAUGUUUUUUGGAAUGGACAUGAACCUUCACCUGGCAAAUAUUAUUUUGAGGGGAACUAUGAUUUGGUGAAGUUCAUAAAGUUGGUGCAGCAAGCUGGUCUUUAUGUUCAUCUAAGGAUUGGUCCUUAUGUUUGUGCUGAAUGGAAUUUUGGGGGUUUUCCUGUUUGGUUGAAGUACAUUCCUGGUAUCAGUUUUAGAACUGACAAUGAACCAUUUAAGUUUCAAAUGCAAAAAUUUACUGAGAAGAUUGUUGAUAUGAUGAAAGCAGACAGGCUAUUUGAGUCUCAGGGUGGUCCAAUAAUUAUGUCACAGAUUGAAAAUGAAUAUGGACCUAUGGAGUAUGAAAUUGGUGCUCCUGGUAAAUCCUACACCAAAUGGGCAGCAGAUAUGGCUGUAGGACUUGGUACCGGAGUUCCGUGGAUCAUGUGCAAGCAAGAUGAUGCUCCUGAUCCUGUUAUUAACACCUGCAAUGGCUUCUAUUGUGAUUAUUUCUCUCCAAAUAAGGAUUACAAACCAAAGAUGUGGACAGAAGCUUGGACUGGCUGGUUUACGGAGUUUGGAGGUCCGGUACCUCACCGACCAGCUGAAGACAUGGCAUUUUCAGUUGCAAGAUUUAUACAGAAAGGAGGAUCAUUUAUCAAUUAUUACAUGUAUCAUGGAGGAACAAAUUUUGGUAGAACAGCUGGUGGUCCUUUCAUUGCUACAAGCUAUGACUAUGAUGCACCUCUUGAUGAAUAUGGAUUGCUACAGCAACCAAAAUGGGGUCAUCUGAAGGAUUUACACAGAGCAAUAAAACUCUCUGAGCCUGCUUUAAUUUCUGGAGAUCCUACUGUUACACGGAUCGGAAACUAUCAAGAGGCUCAUGUGUUUAAAUCGAAGUCGGGAGCUUGUGCUGCAUUCCUUGGAAACUACAAUCCAAAAGCUUUUGCAACAGUAGCUUUUGGAAAUAUGCAUUACAACUUGCCUCCUUGGUCUAUAAGCAUUCUUCCUGACUGCAAGAACACCGUUUAUAACACUGCAAGGGUUGGUUCUCAGAGUGCCCAGAUGAAGAUGACUCGUGUUCCUAUUCACGGUGGACUAUCUUGGCAAGUGUUCACUGAACAAACAGCCUCUACUGAUGAUAGUUCUUUCACCAUGACUGGUCUACUAGAGCAGUUAAAUACAACGAGAGAUUUAACCGAUUACUUGUGGUACUCCACAGAUGUUGUGAUUGAUCCCAAUGAAGGAUUUCUGAGAAGUGGAAAGGAUCCUGUUCUUACAGUGUUAUCUGCAGGGCAUGCUUUGCAUGUUUUCAUCAAUAGUCAGCUGUCAGGAACUAUAUAUGGAAGCUUAGAAUUCCCCAAGCUAACAUUUAGCCAGAAUGUGAAGCUCAUACCUGGUGUCAACAAAAUCUCUCUUCUAAGUGUUGCAGUUGGACUCCCGAAUGUUGGCCCUCACUUUGAAACAUGGAAUGCUGGUGUUCUUGGCCCGAUUACAUUAAAUGGUCUCGAUGAAGGUAGAAGGGACCUCUCUUGGCAGAAAUGGUCUUACAAGGUCGGUCUCCAUGGUGAAGCCUUGAGUCUUCAUUCUCUCGGUGGAAGUUCCUCGGUCGAGUGGGUUCAGGGGAGUUUAGUUUCUCGUAUGCAGCCGUUGACUUGGUACAAAACUACCUUCGAUGCCCCGGACGGAAUUGCACCGUUUGCUUUAGACAUGGGAAGUAUGGGAAAAGGACAAGUGUGGUUAAAUGGACAGAAUCUUGGCCGUUACUGGCCUGCUUAUAAAGCGUCCGGGACCUGUGAUAACUGUGACUAUGCAGGAACUUAUAACGAGAAUAAAUGUAGAAGUAACUGCGGCGAGGCUUCUCAAAGAUGGUACCAUGUUCCUCAUUCAUGGCUGAUACCAACUGGAAAUUUAUUGGUUGUGUUUGAAGAAUUGGGUGGAGACCCUAAUGGGAUAUUUUUGGUUAGAAGGGAUAUAGAUAGUGUAUGUGCAGAUAUUUAUGAGUGGCAGCCAAAUCUUAUAAGUUAUCAGAUGCAAACUUCUGGCAAAACUAACAAACCUGUGAGACCAAAAGCACAUUUAUCUUGUGGCCCUGGACAGAAAAUAUCAUCGAUCAAAUUCGCUAGCUUUGGUACUCCAGUAGGGUCUUGUGGAAACUUUCAUGAAGGAAGCUGUCAUGCUCACAAGUCUUAUAAUACCUUUGAAAAGAAUUGUGUUGGACAAAACUCGUGCAAGGUAACUGUGUCACCUGAAAAUUUUGGAGGAGAUCCAUGUCCAAAUGUCUUGAAGAAACUCUCGGUCGAGGCCAUUUGUACCUGAUCAUUUCAACCUCAGGAAAACAAAUGGAAACAACUUUCCAUAUUGAUAUUUUUUCCCAAAAUCAAAUGCCGGAGUUUCGCCUAAACCAAAUUCUAAACUACUUAUAGAUCACCAUGAGCAUUAAUUUGGCUUUUACCAAGGUGAAGUUGCAGAAAACACAACACACUAUCUGGUUGAAAGCCGGUAGAGAUUCCUGAUAUGAUUGUGGAAGUGUGUAUAUACUUGUGUUCUGCUUGUUAUAUAAGGUGAAAGGUGAAGAUGAUUUGCUUAGAAGCACAAUGAGGCUAUAUUUAUCGAGUCCAUGUGCUAUUGAUUAUUUUAAUAUAAUGUGGAAGCCACUUGCUUCUUGUGUAUCAUUAUUUUAUCAUUGUAAGCUGCAUUGAUAGCAACUUAGUUGUUUUAUUCUUGUAAGAAACUUUACAGGAUCAAUCAUAGUUGUUCUUGUUUCUUUA